AUGGGCCGCGGCCACGCCACCUUCACGGCCGAGUGCUCCCACAGCUUCCACCUCCGCUGCGUCCACCACCAGACCGCCUGCCCGCUCUGCUUCACGCCGUGGCGCGACGUGCCGGGCGUGGCGCCCGCCCAGGAGCUCGUCUUCCGCGACGACGAGCCGCUCGAGCCGCAGCCCGCAGCUGUCGCCGCGGAGAAGACGACUGCCGGCGGCGGAGUGAUGUCCAUCACGACGCACUGCGAAUACCCCGCCAUCGCCAAGUACGCCAGCCGCGACGGCUUCGCGGUGCUCGUGCACGCCAAGGCGCCCGCGCUGGCUCUUUCUGCGGCCAAGGCGGCGCGCGCGCCCCUGGAUCUCGUCAUGGUGCUCGACGUCAGCGGGAGCAUGGGCGGCCGCAAGCUGGCGCUUCUUAAGCAGGCCGUGGGCUUCGUCGUCGACAAGCUCGGCCCCCACGACCGCCUCAGCCUCGUGUCCUUCUCGUGCGACGCCCGCCGCCUCACCCGCCUCACGCGCAUGUCCGACGCCGGGAGGGCCGCGACCGAGCGCACCGUCGAGUCCCUGGCCGCGGGUGGCGGGACGAACAUCAAGGAGGGCCUUCGCGAGGCCGCCAAGGUGAUCGACGGCCGCCGCUACAGGAACGCCGUUACCGGCGUCAUCCUGCUCUCCGACGGCCAAGACAACUACACGCUGUCUUCAAGGUUUUACAAUCACGACGUGGCCACCGACUACAGCGUGCUCGUGCCACCUUCCCUGAUCCGCACGGGGGACGGUUCCUCGCCGCCGAUCCACACGUUCGGCUUUGGCACCGACCACGACUCGGCGGCGAUGCACACCAUCGCGGAGGCCACCGGCGGCACCUUCGCCUUCAUCGAGAACGAGGCAGUCAUCCAGGACUCGUUCGCGCAGUGCAUCGGCGGGCUUCUCUCGGUCGCCGUGCAGGAGGCGCGCGUCGCCGUCGAGUGCGUCUGCCCCGGCGUUCGCGUCCGGUCCAUCAAGUCGGGACGCUACAAGAGCCGCGUCGAUGCUGACGGGCGCGCCGCCGCGGUGGAAGUCGGCGAGCUAUACGCCGACGAGGAAAGGCGCUUCCUGCUGUUCCUCGACGUGCCCACGGCCGGUGCCACGGACGACGUGACAUCUCUGAUGAAGGUGAGCUGCACAUACCGCGACGUGGCGACCGGGCAGUCGGUCGACGUGGCAGGCGAGGAGGUGGCGGUGAAAAGGCCGGUGGAGGUGCCGGAGGCAGAGCCGGACGUGGAGGUCGAGCGGGAGCGCCUCCGCGUGCAGGCCGCGGAGGACAUCGCCGCGGCGCGGGCGGCGGCCGAGCGCGGCGAGCACGCGGAGGCGUCGGAGAUGCUCAGCCGCCGGCGCAUGGCGCUGAGGCAGUCGCCGCUGGGCGCGAGCGGCGACGCCGGGUGCGCGGAGCUGGCGGCGGAGCUGGGCGAGCUGAGCGAGCGCGUGGGGGACCGGAGGGAGUACGACCUGUCGGGGCGCGCGUCGUUGCUGUGCGGCAUGAGCGCGCACUCGCAGCAGCGCACGUCGGUCAUAGUUGGGAGGGCGAGGUACGCGACCCCCGCCAUGCGUAAGAUGGUGGACUUGUCGGUGAAGGCCCGGGAGCAGCAGCAGCAGCCACAGGCACAGGCACAGCCAUCGCCGCCUUCAAGGCCGACGAUGCCGCCGCCGCCGCCGCCUCCGACGACGACGGCGGCUCUCGCUAAGAACAUCGUGAGAAGAUACCACCGAUUUCUACGUCUCAGGUGA